AUGGGGAAAAAGGCGUUCGCUACUAAGAUUAAACCACCUUCGUCUUGCCGUGAAGAAAACCCUGGAACGCAACCACCGCCGAACCCUCAACCUUCGGCACCAACUCAGCAAGCCCCAUCGAUGAUAUCUCUAGACGCAAUGUCGGAGUUUCUCCGUUUACAAGACCCCACUAGGAACUGGGCGGCGGAGUUGGCGAAUUUCAGCCAAAUCAGAGGGCAGGGGAAUAUAACCGCACCCAGUGAAAUUCCACCUGCACCGGUCAGUCACGCAGAGGAACAAUCAGAGGAGGGAUCUUCAUCGGCGACCUCGCCGUCGGAGACCUCGGUGCCAGAUUCGGUGGAGCUCGACGUUGUCGCCGCCUAUUACGACUCCGACCCUGAGGAGCGUAAGAAAAGGACCAGCCAUGAAGAUACAACCCAUGAAGGGAGUGGCGAAACGGAGAGAACACCUACUGUGGGGACCGUCCGUCAAGAAAGGGUUAGGGAAGAAAUAGAUCUGAACGAAUCGGCACAGAAGCGCAGCCUUAUGACCGAUACGGAGUUUGAGUCAAUCGUGGAAGAGGUAAACCGCAGAGAAGAUACUGCUUUGAUGGUUGAGGGUCUAGACCUCGCAUCAAGGUCAGUAGGAGGGGUUGAGAAAGCCGUUACAGGAACCACACAGGAAGGUCAUACUUCCCAGUCAGUAGAAGGGAAGGAGGAAGUACACGAAGAAGAGAAAGAGCCGGAACCAGUAGAUCCCCGAGUGGAAGUAGGGGGUGGUAGAAUGCAGGUAGGAGAGGAGGAACCAGCUGCAGAAAUCCCAGAGCCAGAACCAGAGGCGCCUCCAGUAGUGAAGCCCAAGCCCAUAAAGCGGAGCUUAAUAUUGAAGGCUGAUCCUAAGGCAGACCGGCCUAAACCGCAGAGGGUUUCGCAUAGAUGCUUGGGAAAGUCAGUAGGCCACAGGGAGACCGGUCCUACUACCCAGGAUCCAUUUUUAUCACAAGCUGAGAAAGAACCCGAAGAAGAAAAAGACAAAGUUGACAGAGAGGAAGUGAGAUACAGUGAAGAGAGAAAACGAAAGGGGAAUGCCCCUAUGAAGAAGAAGCCUAGCACCAAGAAACCGCAUCUCGGGAACACUGGCAUAGUGAUCACUGAGGCUGCUCAGAGGACCCCAUCCAGCCGAUGA